AUGAUCUUCGUCACCAUCCAGCUGCAAAAGAAGCGCCAAGAGCAACGAGCCCACCCCUACGCUACCUUCGUCGACUUGGCAAAGGCCUUCGAUACGGUGAAUCGCGAUGGAUUGUGCAAAAUCAUGCAGUAAUUUACCUAUCUCGACCGAUUCACGCACGUGGUGCGUCAGCCGCACGGGAGUGACGGUGCACAUCGAGGAAACGCUCUCCGAAGCGUUGGCAGUAACCUACGGAGUAAAGCAGGGCUGUGUACUCUCCCCAACCCUCUUCAGCCUCAUGUUUUCUAUCAUGCUGAUGGAUGCAUUCCGUGGUGGGCACACCGGGAUCCGUAUCGUCUACAGUACCAUCGGCCAUUUUCUUGACAGUCUGUGCAUCCAGAUCUUAACGCGUCUUUCUACGACUAUUGUCCACAACCUACCCAUCUCUGACGACUGCGCACCCAACACCGAGACAGAAGCUGACAUGCAUAGGAGUGUGGAGCUUUUUACCGCCGGCUGUGCCAAUUUCUGGCUGACCAUCAACACGGACAAAACGAUAGUUGUACUCCAACCGCCACCCAACGCUGCACACAGCGCUUCUCACGUCCGUGUCAACAGCACCGAACUGAAGACCGUGGAUAACCUCGCCCACUUCGGCAGCACACUCUCACGCUGCAUCAAAAUUGAAGACGUAAUGGCUCACCGGGUCUUCAAAAGCCAGCCAAGCCUUCGGCCGCCCGAAAAACUCCACAUGAAGUCGCCACGGUCUCCAUAUGAACACCAAACUGAUGAUGUACAAAGCGGUCAUCUGGACGAUUUUUCUGAAUGA